CUGGCAGUUCAAUCAACCUCGGAAUCUUCAGCCUCGACCCAGCAAACGGCCUGCUGUUACGCCUCUUCCCUGCUUGCGAAUCUCUUCAAUCUUUCACCAACCUCCAUUCCGAGCCACGCCCUGCCGCUGUCGAAUAAAGAAACAGAGAUUGCCCCUCCGCCAUGUCCCGCCGCUACGAUUCCCGAACAACCAUCUUCUCGCCCGAAGGCCGUCUCUACCAGGUUGAAUAUGCGCUAGAAGCCAUCUCCCACGCCGGCACAGCCAUCGGCAUCCUGGCCAAGGACGGCAUUGUCCUGGCCGCCGAGCGAAAGGUGACGUCGAAGCUGCUGGAGCAGGACACGUCGGCAGAGAAGCUCUACGUGCUCAACGACAACAUGAUCUGCGCAGUAGCAGGCAUGACGGCCGACGCAAACAUCCUCAUCAACUACGCCCGCCAGGCCGCCCAGCGAUACCUCCUCACCUACAACGAAGACAUCCCCUGCGAGCAGCUGGUGCGCAAGCUGUGCGAUCUGAAGCAGGGCUACACACAACACGGCGGUCUGCGGCCCUUUGGCGUCUCCUUCAUCUACGCCGGCUGGGAUCCACGGAGGCAGUUCCAGCUGUACCUCAGCAAUCCCUCGGGCAACUACGGCGGGUGGAAGGCCACCAGCGCGGGCGCCAACAAUGCUAGUGCGCAGAGUCUGCUGAAGCAGGACUACAAGGAGGACUGCACGCUUAAGGAGGCGUGCGGCGUGGCCGUCAAGGUCCUCAGCAAGACGAUGGACUCUACCAAGCUGAGCAGUGAGAAGAUUGAAUUUGCGACGGUGGGACAGACAGAAGACGGCAAGAUUUACCACCGGCUGUGGAGCGCCGACGAGAUCACGGCGCUGCUGAAAGAACACGACUUGGCCAAGAGCGAAGAUGCGGAGGAGAAAUAGAUGAGCACAGAGGAAUGAAAUUUAAACAAGUAGACUGAG